AAAUGCUGCUUUCGUUGCGCUUCCAUUCUUCAAACAAACAUCCUGAAACUCUUUACUCUCCCUCUCUCCAUAUUUCUCUGUAAAAGUGCCAUAAGCAUCUUGACUCUUUACCCAAGGCCUAAAGUUCACUAAAUGGCAAGCAGCACUGCGUUUCAUCUUCUUGUUCUUUUUCUUCUAUCAACCAUGCAGUCACCUACAAAUGCAAAUUUGGAAGGGGAUGCUUUGUACGCUUUGAGGAGAGCAGUGAAGGAUCCAGGACAUGUUCUCCAGAGCUGGGAUCCAACCCUGACAGAUCCAUGUACGUGGUUCCACGUUACUUGUGACGGUGAUAAUCGGGUUACCCGACUAGACCUUGGAAAUGCAAAGCUUUCGGGCAGUCUAGUUCCUGAGUUGGGGAAACUCGUGCGUCUUCAGUAUCUGGAACUGUACAUGAAUGAGCUGGUGGGUCCUAUACCAAGGGAACUUGGAAACCUGAAGAGUCUUGUGAGCUUGGAUCUGUACCGCAAUAACCUCACUGGGACCAUUCCUGCUUCACUUUCUAAGCUAUCCAGUCUUAAAUUCCUGAGACUGAACGGCAACAGACUGACUGGAAGGAUACCAAGAGAACUUACAAAAUUGGACAGCCUAAAGAUCCUUGACGUAUCAAACAAUGAUUUAUGUGGCACCAUACCUACCUCAGGUUCUUUCUCCAAGUUGACAGAGGAAAGUUUUGCGAAUAACUCAAGACUGGAAGGACCAGAACUGGUGGGAUUUGUGAGAUACAAUGCUGCUGGAAGUUGUAAAUGACAGACCACUAAGAGGCAGCUAGUAACCUAAUUCCAUAUAUUAACUCACUAUAUGGCAAUGGUUGUAUGUUUGUUUACUCCUAAAGUUAUUUAUUAGAUGUUUCUUAUUAAAGUCAUAUAGCAAGAAAUCAUGUUUAUGUUAAUUAAGAGAAGAAUCUCCAGUCA